CUCUUUCCGUUCUUACCACAGCACCACCACUCCGCAUAUGCUGUCCCCAGCCACGCCGGCCGCGCCCUGAUCCCCCUCCCACCCUACCGCACCCCCAAUGCCUCCCCGCCUCCGCCGCCGCCGCCUCGCCGCCGCCGGAUCCGCAAGGGCGCUCCCUGCUCUCGAUCUGCUGCGCGCCGGCCCACGCUGAGCGCAGGCCCCUGCCGUCCCUGCCUUCCUCCCUCCCUUCUCUGCCCUUGCCUGCUGCUCCGCCUCCUCCCCUCUCUCGCGCCGGACUGGGGUGAGGAGACGUUGGCUAGGGUUUCCGCGUUUCACGGGUCGCCCUGCGCGCCCGGGCUCCUGCUGAUUCGUGCUUUUGCUCGCUGCGCUGAGCGGCGUCUGCGGUUUCGUUUCGCCUAGGGAUUGGUUCUUCUUCUUGCUGCGGAAGCGCCGCUCGGGGGAGCUCUCGGCCUCGAUUUGUGGGGUUUUGGAGGGAGUGGCGACGUGCUGCGCCGAUCUGCGGGUGGCUGCGCCGCGGCAUUGGGUGUCCUCGCAAGUUCCGGGCGGGUUUGAAGCUUCGAUUUGGCUGAUUCGGCUGGCUUUUGGGCUCUAAAAAGCGAAGCCUUUAGCUUCCCAGCGGUCGUGGACUUCGUGGUAGGCAUUUUACUAGGUUUUCCUUCUGGGUUAGCUGAUAUUGGAGGGAACCAUGGCGGAGAACAUCGAUCUGGUGCUCGACUUCCUGCGGAAGAACCGGUUCGCCAAGGCUGAAGCUGCGCUCAUUGGUGAGCUCAGUGGCCUGGGUGAUGUGAACAGGUCAGCAACGCAGAGGCGUGCAACUGAGCCCAAGGAGGAUGACGAGCAGGAAGACUCCGAGGUGGGUUCCACUGCAGGGCCGAGAGGUGCUGCAUCAGUGAGAAGCGCCGACUCGUCAAGGGAGUUUAUUGUAAAGGAGAUUGAUGUUGGAGGCCUGCCGAAUGGGUCUGACGAAAAGAAGGGGUUGGGGAUUGGCCUACCUCAGGAUAACAAUACAGGGGACUUGUAUCCUUGGAAUUUUAGCAUUGCCAACAGCACUGUGGAGCAACUGGCGGAGCUUCUGGUGUCAGAAGAAGUGCCAAGACAUCGCCGUGGUGCACUUGUAGCCGAGAAGAGGGAUCGUGGUGUUGGAACCGAACAGCCUGGUCCGGUGCUGGAGCAAAAGGUAUCUUUUGGAAGAGGGAAGGGGAAAGUUGAGCUUGCACGGAGAAGUGAAAUCAGUGAACCAGCUCAUUCGAGUGACAAAAAUCUGGUUCCAGAAAAGGAGGAGCCGUUGAAUGGCUAUGCAGUUAAGACAGUGCUUCCAUUUCCAACAGAAAUCCCGUCAUCUAGCUACCAUAGUACACACCAUGAUGUAAAUGAGAGGAAAGAGACAAAGAAGAGCAUUGGUGCAGAUGGUGCUGGUAAAGCAGCAAAGAGACAGCCUGAUGAGGGGAACAGACAAUAUUACUCCGAGAAGUCCCAGAAUAAUGUAGAUCAAAUUUCUGACCGUUGCUUCGACCUGCAGCUUAUGGGAAAUAACCAACGUGAGGAGUUUCCGAAGUUGCCUCCUGUGCGGCUCAAGUCUGAGGACAAGCUUGUUAAUAUGAACUGGGAGGAAAAGAUCGAUCAUCAUGAAUCUGGCACCAAUGACCCUAGCGCUGACCACGUCUUUAUGAUCGGGUCUUAUCUUAAUGUUCCCAUUGGCCAGGACAUAACAUCAUCAGGUGGAAGACGAACAAUUGGCGGCAAUAGUUGGUUAUCUGUGAGUCAAGGUAUUGCAGAGGAUACUUCUGACAUGAUUUUUCGAACAAUGGGUGAUGAUUUUGAGUAUCCAAAUAAUGAGUAUUGGGACUCUGAUGAGUAUGACGAUGACGACGAUGUUGGCUACACCCGACAACCAAUUGAGGAUGAAACCUGGUUUCUGGCACAUGAGAUUGACUAUCCUAGUGAUAAUGAGAAGGUAACUGGUCACACGAGUGCACCUGAUCGACAUGAUCGUCCCACGAAGGAUGAUGACGACGACCAAUCAUUUGUUGAGGAGGAUUCAUACAUAUCUGGUGAGCAAUAUUUUCAUGGGAAGAACAUUGCUCAGAUAGGUACUUCAGAGGGGCCAAUAGGACAUGGGAUUCCUGAUAAUGAUAUGAUAGCGCAGUAUGAUGGUCAACUUUUGGACCCAGAAGAAUUAAAUUUGAUGCACUCUGAGCCAGUCUGGCAGGGUUUUGUUUCACAGAACAGUGAAUUAGGCAUGUUAGGAAAUGGAAAGUUCCUUAAUGAUUCUGAACGGCCUAACCCCGAUGACCCUUUUGUUGAGGAUGAUCAGCAUGGUUCAGUCAGAUCAAUUGGUGUUGGUAUAAGCAGUGAUGCUGCUGACAUUGGCAGUGAAGUACGUGAAAGUCUGAUUGGAGGAAGCAGUGAAGGAGACAUAGAAUACUUCAAUGAAAGUAAUGUGAGUGUUAGUGGAAAGAGACACUCUCAGCAGGAAACCGAAAAGAAAAGGCUAAAUGUGAAUGGAGCAAAACAUGACCAAAUGAACUAUGAUACCCAGAAGGGCAAUCUACCACCAGGAGCAGCCUUUGGUGAUGCUGGAUUUUCUUUUCCCCCACCAUUGCAUUCUGGAAAAAAUACUGAAUCCGAUGUUAAAUCUUCAUGGUCAAAGAAGGAUGAUGUGUAUUCAAUUAACGAUCCUGAUGAUUGUCAAAAUGGCACAGUAUCAGAUGACACACUUGCCACAUGGAAGAAAAAGAACAGUGAGUCUUCCCUGAGGAGCUCUCGAGAUGAAAUGACUUCUGAUGUUGUUAGAUCAAGAAAUUCAAGUGCAUCAUCUGCUUUGAAUAAUGCUUAUGAUGAAGUGGAGGAAACACUGAUUGCUCGCCAUCACAAACUAGAUGAUGCACAAGAAGAGGAGACUGGAACAACAUUAGACGAUGAGGAAGCAGCAGCAUUGCAAGAACAAGUAAGGCAGAUAAAGGCCCAGGAGGAAGAAUUUGAAACCUUCAAUCUGAAGAUUGUGCAUAGGAAAAACAGAACUGGCUUUGAAGAAGACAAAAAUUUCCAUGUUGUUCUCAAUUCUGUAAUUGCUGGCCGUUACCAUGUCACGGAGUAUUUGGGAUCCGCAGCGUUCAGCAAAGCUAUCCAGGCACAUGAUUUGCACACUGGAAUGGAUGUAUGUGUUAAAAUCAUAAAGAACAACAAAGAUUUUUUCGACCAGAGCCUUGAUGAGAUCAAGCUUCUGAAGUAUGUUAACAAGCAUGACCCUGCUGACAAGUACCACCUUUUGCGUCUGUAUGAUUACUUCUACUAUCGGGAGCAUUUGUUGAUAGUCUGCGAACUUCUGAAAGCAAAUUUGUAUGAGUUUCAAAAGUUUAAUAGAGAAUCAGGAGGCGAAGUUUACUUCACGAUGCCAAGAUUGCAGUCAAUAGCUAUCCAGUGUCUGGAGUCGCUGCAGUUUCUCCACCGACUUGGUCUUAUUCACUGUGAUUUGAAGCCAGAGAACAUACUGGUAAAGAGCUAUAGCAGAUGUGAAGUGAAGGUCAUUGACCUUGGCAGUAGCUGUUUUGAGACUGAUCAUUUGUGCUCGUAUGUGCAAUCACGAUCUUACCGUGCACCUGAGGUUAUACUGGGUCUGCCUUAUGACAAAAAGAUAGAUAUAUGGUCACUUGGAUGUAUUCUAGCAGAGCUCUGCACUGGGAAUGUUCUUUUUCAAAAUGAUUCUCCUGCGACAUUACUUGCACGUGUGAUGGGCAUCAUCGGUUCCAUAGAACAAGCUAUGCUUGCACAGGGGCGUGAUACUUACAAAUAUUUCACAAAGAACCACAUGUUGUAUGAAAGAAAUCAGGAAAGUAGCAGGCUUGAAUACUUGAUUCCAAAGAAGACAUCAUUGCGGCACCGCUUGCCCAUGGCUGACCAAGGUUUCAUCGAGUUUGUUUCAUACCUCCUCGAGGUAAAUCCAAAAAAGCGUCCGAGUGCCCUAGAAGCAUUGAAACACCCGUGGCUUUCUUUUCCUUACGAGCCAAUUUCAUCAUGACAUGGUUGCUAUUGGAUCGUCAUGUUUGCACUAUACUAAGUGCCCUGACACUUGUGUUGGCACCUAAGCACCAUGAAAGUUUUGAUGGGCAAUAUGGAAAACGUUCUACUGGGCCACCUCACAGAACCGAUCAAUUUCAAAUUUCAAGCGCGAACCUGAUUCAAACCAAUUAUGAGGCAGCACCGCUGGGAUGGUCUUUGCUCCCUGUACUACAAAUGCCCGGCCUGUGUCGUGGUGUAAUGUAACUUUCGGUUUUGUCUAUUUCUGGCCCCAACGUAACCGGCCAUUUGGUUAGAUGCUUUUGAAACCCAUUUUCUAGGAAUAGGGUUGUCAUGUUGUACAUGGUGUGAUUAUUGUUGAACCUUGUGCACUUCUAUUUAUGGUUCUAACCCAAGGUUCUGUACAUCUCGCACCAUCAACUGCUUGGGAAUUGCUCCUCAAGCUUUGCCCUCCAGAGUAGCAUACCAUUUUUGCA